AUGUCCACCCCGGCCCAACGGCGCCUGUUACGCGACCUAAAGCGUCUACAAACCGAUCCGCCGCCAGGUAUAUGUGGUUCUCCUGUGGAUGACAAUGUAAUGGUUUGGAAUGCCGUUAUAUUCGGUCCAGAAGACACUGCUUUUGAAGAUGGGACUUUCAAACUGCGAUUGGACUUUACCGAAGAAUACCCCAACAAACCUCCACGAGUUGUAUUCCUUUCGAAGAUGUUCCAUCCCAACGUUUACACGGACGGAAGCAUCUGCCUGGAUAUUUUGUCAAGUGCUUGGAGCCCAACGUACGAUGUAUUGGCUAUUCUCACCUCUAUCCAGUCCCUUCUCGAUGAGCCUAAUCCAAACUCACCAGCCAACAGUCUCGCCGCCCAACUUUACGUAGAGAACAGACGUGAAUACGAAAAACGUGUACGUGCCUGUGUUGAGGAGAGCAUGUACGAGGAGGAAGAUGACAUG